GCGAGCUCCGGCCGCCUCUGGAUUCUCCCGAAAGGGCGCUUCAGAAGAGGGCGACGCCUCUCCCUUCGCCCUCCGUUCCCAUCACGGAGGGCUGGUGCGGUCCCGAGCUGUGACGUCCUCCUUGCAUCAUGGGCCGGGGUCUCCCUGGCCAGGGUGGCAAGGGGCGCUUUGGAGAGCACUUAGGGACAGGGGUGGUGACAGUGUGCGUGGAAGUUAACACGUUGCCAGUUAGCCUGCUAAAAUCUGGGAAACUGAGAGGCCUCAAGGAGGACGUAAAAGUGCUUUAGGGAUGCUUCUUGACUUUGGAGGGCCUGUGAAGUCUGAUGCUUUCUUCUGUGGUAUUGGGGGUGGGUUUUCCAUUUAGUAUUGGAGACAGUGUUGUCGAUAUACGUCGUGGGGAACCCAACCUAACAGAUACUCACUGCACACCGGGAAUGUGCCGCCCAAAUGUACAAGUAACUUGAAUACACAUUCCUUGUUCCUUGUUGUCAAUAGAAUCCAACGCUCUUUGUAGUUUUUCGGUUUUUGUUUUCAGGGCAGUGAAACUGAGGUGUAAGAACUGUUCCUCAGGUAGCUGAAACCACUUCUAGAAAGCACCUUUGGGCCCCAGCGCUACCUAAGUCAGCAGGAAACCGCAAAGAGACCAGCUGGCAAAAGCUUUCUUUCUCUAGGAACCAGCAACACAGACUAUUUGCACUCCAGGCUCCAGCUCUCUCUUAAAUUGAUUGCUAUCCAGCACUCAUCAAAAGCUCUGUGGAGGGGAUCAUUAUGAAGGGCACUUACGAGGAUGUCCGCUUCUUCCUACAGUUUAAACUACCGCUGUGGCUUAAUGCACCCUUUUGAAAGAGCGCCAAACCGGGUCUGAACUUCCACAAAGUUUCAGUCGGAGAAUGAGAAUUAACUGAAACUUUAGAGCGCUCAAUGAUUCUAAAACCAUACCACAUCUUGUCUAAGCCCGAGGACUAACUUUGGUUUGUGAACGUCCUGGAGCUUCCGAUCUCCUGACUUGGGCACCCACCGAAUCCCAAGUGUUACAAAUGAAGCACUGAAGGCCUGAGAAGUUAGGGAAUAAAGGAAGGCGCCAAGGAGGGGCUUACCUCCUGCCUAACCCAACGGUCAGCGGAGAAGCAACCUUGGCUCUUUCAGGCUAGAGGCCUCGGGAUGGAUGCCCGGCAUCCCGCACUGAGGGUGAGUCUCGCUCCAUCAAGGGACGGAGUGGCGGCCGUCGGCAGUCUCAGCCCCUCCGCUCCCGGCCCCAUCCGGAGUGUCAGGGGCCUUGGGCGGCCUCGCCUUCGGCCAGCAGGAGCAGCAGGAGCAGCAGGAGCAGCAGGAGCCCCAGGAGCAGGAGCAGGAGCGGCUCCAGGGCGCGCCAGGGCGGGUGCCAGGCCCGGGGGGCGGUGGGGAGGGCGGCGGGGUGGGCGCUGGGUGGGAGUAGCGGGCGCGGCCGGCCGCAGGGGCGGGCGUUGCCAAGGCGCGCGCGGUGCGCGUCGCUAGCGGCCGCCCGCGCACGUCAAGAUGUGUUUAAUAAUCGCCAGGGUAUUUCUGGCUGGGGCUCCCGGCGGCCGCGGGGGAGGCGGCUGAGGCGCGGCGGCUGUGGCCCAGGGCACCUCCCCCCGGCUUCCCGAACCCUGCGCCGUCUGGCCCGAGGGGGAGGAUGGCAGCGCCAGCCGCGCUCUGAGCCCCGCAGGAAAAGAACACCCUUCCCGCCACAUCACCCCAGGGUCCUGCGGAGGCCACCGCCUCGUCCCCUCCACGUCUCCAUCUCCCAGAGCGGGGCCGAGUGGAAGAGUGAGCGAUGGCCGAAAACCUGAGGAAACUGGUCUCGAGCGAACCUUUACGACUGAUGCACGACAAGCUAGAGUGCUGGCUGAGGGAGUACAACACAAACACAUGUGAUCAAAAUCUUAAUCAUUGCCUUGAGCUCAUCGAACAAAUUUCCAAAGUUCAAGGACAGCUCUUUAGGAUCCUCACUACGGCAGCCCAAGAAGGUGGACAUUAUGAUGGUGUGGAAAUAAUCAAAUCGCGCCUUCUGCCUUGGCUGGAGGCCUCCUUUACUGCUGCUUCCCUGGGAAAACCUGUUGACAGCAAGGUCCCCUCUCUACAGGACACAUUUGAUAAGGAGAGACAUAAAGAGGCUGGUGUUCGGGAUCGGGACAUGCAACAAUUAGACUCUGAGUUGACUUCGACUCAUAAUCAACUCAACCAGGUUCAAGACGAUCUGGCUGAAACUGAAAAGACUCUUGAAGAAACCAAGAACAGAUCAGCCAUAUCCCUUUUGGCUGCAGAGGAGGAAAUAAAUCAGCUAAGAAAGCAGCUUAAAUCUCUUCAAGUCCAGGAGGAAUCCCGCCACCGAAACGUAGAACAUAGAAGUGUGGAGCAUCGGUGUACGGAGCCGAGGACCUCUGAGCAGAGGAGGUUGGACCAGCGGGGCAUUGACAAGUGGGGCGUAGAGCAGCGGACUGAAGUGAUUUCUGAUUAUGAGAAACAGCUCCGGACGCUAAAGGACGAGAUAGCUGUUUUGUCUGCUGAAAAAUCUGUGCUUCAAGGAAGGGCCGCCCGGAGCCGGACUCCCAGCCCUGGCCCUCGCAGCCACAGCCGCAGCCGCAGCCGCAGCCGCUCCACCAGCCCCGCCACCGCGGUCGUGAAGAUCAGGAGCCCGUCCCCGAAUCGCGCCAAAAUGUCCAACGUGGCGCGCAAGGCUGCCCUCCUGUCCCGGUUCAGCGACGCCUACUCCCAGGCCCGGCUGGAUGCGCAGUCCCUGCUGCGGCGCUGCAUCGACAAAGCCGAGACCGUGCAGCGCGUAAUCUACAUCGCCGCAGUGGAGGCAUUCCAUGUAGCUAAAAUGGCAUUCAGGCAUUUCAAGAUCCGCGUGAGGAAAUCGUUGACACCAUCUCUCGCGGGGUCGAGUAACUUUGAGGAUGCCGUCUUGGAUUAUAUCAUUUGUCAUCUCGAUCUAUAUGAUUCCCAAAGCAGUGUUAACGAUGUGAUCCGAGCCAUGAAUGUCAAUCCCAAGAUUUCAUUUCCUCCUGAAGUUGACUUUUGCCUCCUCAGUGACUUCAUCCAGGAGAUAUGUUGCAUUGCCUUUGCCAUGCAGGCUUUAGACCCACCCCUAGAUAUUGCAUUUGGGGCGGAUGGAGAAAUUUUUAAUGAUUGCAAGUACCAUCGCAGCUAUGACUCUGAUUUCACUGCUCCCUUGGUCCUCUAUCACGUGUGGCCUGCUCUCAUGGAGAAUGACUGUGUCAUUAUGAAGGGAGAAGCUGUCACCAAGAGAGGGGCUUUUUGGAAUUCAGUUCGAUCUGUAAGUCGAUGUCGAAGCAGGAGUUUAAGUCCCGUCUGCCCCCGUAGCCGUAUUGGUUUAAGCACGAUAUCUCGAAGCCGGAGCCCUUCUCCAAUAAGAUGUGGAUUGCCGAGGUUUUAAAGCCAGCAGACAUGUCCCUUUGCUACAGUACAUCUGCCCCAGCUAACUUCCCCAGUGCCUGUCUCCUGUGCCUGCCUCAGAACUCACUUAAGAUAAUGUGAAAACGCAAUUCUGUGUAUCACUCCACACGGAGAGUUAAAUGUUUUGGCUUAGCGUGUUUGUAACCUCAGAUAUAUUGCAUUUUAUUUUAUUCUAUUAUAUUUUAUAGAUACAAAUUCCAUUACUUUGAUAAGAACAAUUGCAUAGGUGUUUAGGAUCAUAUUCAUUGGAAGCAAAGUCCUUCAGGGUUUUCAUCCUCAAAUACUAGGCUCUUUUAUGGCAACUGUAGAAACUUAAGUGGAAGAUCUUUACCAUGUGGAGUUCAAAAGAUAGAGUCAGUUUAGCUUACAGAUGGAUCAUAAAUAUUAUAAUUGCUGGUAUUAGCUUAGAUCUUGAAAACAAUAUUGAGUGUUAUAAUUUUCUUGUUUGGAAGACAGCCCUAAUCCCAGGCUGGGGAACUUGUCCUGGUAGCAGUGACUUCAGGCUACACGUAGAUGGUGUUGAUUUCAGAGAAUAGAGUUCACUGGCUUGCUUCUCUUUUCCUGCUUUGAGAAUGCCCUGUUUGGUUUAGUUGGGUACCAAUGCCAAAGCUACUUACCUGACAGAAUGUUCUUGCUUCAUAAAUGCACAGAAGUGAUGUGGCUAGAAGCCAGCUUUGAGAGAAAUGGUAAUUACCUUGUGUUUAUCUCGUGGGAAUGUUUCAUACAGUUUUAAUGUACAUGUUACAUAUAGAAGCGAUCUGGACAUGUGCUUUAUCUAUUCCAUCUGGUUGUUUGCAAAUUCAGACCUCCUAAGAACUGCAUCUGACUAAAAAUACCUAAAUGCGGGGCUUAAAACUAGGGGUACCAUUUAUUGAUUUUAAAUUGAGCGAAUAUACCUUGAUUUCCUGACUGUGAAGGACUAUUGAAAAAGUUCAAGUUCUAAUGGAAUGUAGCUUUCCCAAGAUAAGUAAUGUUUUGUCUGUUCCCCCCCCCCCCCCCCACUUAAAAUGGUCUUAAACACAAGCCUCACAAAUGACUGCUUUCUCUGUGUGCCUUUUGGAGAGAAACUCUGAAUUGGCCACAGCUUUGUCUGCAUAAACUCAGUGCCCAAACUAGCACCUAGUGCUUUGUAGGUGAAAAAACAAAACAAAACAAACAAACAAACCCAAAGCAAAAAC